GAAUUAAGUGCAUACUGUUAUAGAUGACUGUCUUUCUCUCUGAAAUGCACCUUUGGUCGGUGAAAAGCAUCUUAUAUGUUGAAGACAAAGAUAUUGGUGUCUAUCAGUACCAUGAAAAGAAGGAACCAGGGCCACAAAUGAAAGUUGGUUAUUUAUAUGAGAAACAACAAUUAGCAGAGUCUCGAAAUUAUCCUUGGAUACUUAAGAACAAACGUCCAGAAAAGCUUCGAGACACACUUAAGGAGCUAGAGGAACUGUUGCAAAAUAGUCAGUGUGUACUGAGUAAAUGGAAGAGCAAAGAUGUCUGUCAGCUUCUCUUUCCUUCAGGUAUACUGGUAUCUCUAAGCCUUUCUGGACCACAGCUGGAACAAGUGGUGAUUGACAGAACUCUGAUGGGAAAGUUCAUCUCUAACACUAUCAGUGAUGCUGUGCUUACUGAUACUUUUAUGAUCUUUUCAUUUUGGGAACAAAGCAAACUCUGUUUCAUUGAACUCUCAAAAAACCCAAAUUCUCCGGAUGUAAACAAAAAACUUGAAAAACUCUCAAACUUCAAUUUUAAGAUAUCUUACAUUGAUGUACCAGGACUUGGAAACAGAAGGAUAAAGCGUCAUUUGACAAUAAAUAAUGUACAAAAUAUGAUUAUUUGCUGGUGGUCUGCUGCAAAAGAUGAACUUUGGCCUUGGUCCCCAGUGUCUAGCAAAAGAGAGAGAGCCAACUUGCUACUCUUGAAAUGUGAACAUGGCAACUUAGAGAUUCUGAGUUAUAUUCAUACAGAUGGGGAUCCACUUGAUGUCCGAUUUAGUAUGUGCAAUCCACAUCAGAUUCAUACUGUAGAACAAUCUGCGAGUGCAGACCAAAAGCCCAUGGUUGACAGCAGCAUUUAUGAAUAUGUUAGGAAUAAAGUUCAUUGUGUGGCAAUCACCAAAAUACCAUUAACAUCAAAGGCCAUCAGCUGUUGCAGGAAUAUUACAGAGGACAAGCUAGUUCUGGGUUGUGAAGAUUCUUCAGUAGUUCUGUAUGAAGCCUAUCGUCAAGUAACUCUGGCAACAGAAGCAAAGCUGCUACCUGCCUUAAUGUGUUGCCACCCUAGUGCUGCCAUAAUUCUUAUUGGUAGUUCUCAAGGAGAACUACAGUUAUUUGACAUGGCACUGUCUCCAAUUAAAAUGCAGCUUUUAGCUGAAGAUUUCUCACCAAAGUCGACUCUACAAUUCAGUGAAAAGUUUGAGAUAUCCAGCAGUCUCACUCAAAUUCAAUGGGCUGUCCCGCAAUAUUCUUCUCAGGACAUAGAUGUUUUGGGUAGACAUGAUCUUCUAUUAUUUAGAUUUGACAAAGGACCUCUUGGAGUACUUCAUUUCAAAACUGGUGUUACUCCAAGAGGACAGCUUGGUCUUGUAGAAAUCAUCCAAGAAUAUAUUCAUCAAGAUGAGAUAUAUGAGGCAAUUAACAUCUUAAAUGGAAUGAACUGGAAUACUGUUGGUCAUCACUGUUAUGUAAGCCUAUGUGCCAUAAUAAACUAUCUGCUUCGACAAAAGCUGACACACGUUAGAGAAGCACAGCUGGAGGCAACUCUUGGGACAUUUUAUGCACCAACCCGACCUUUGUCUGAGACAACUGUUUUGGGAUACAGGGACCAGAUCAGCAGAUAUGCACGAAGGUUCUUCCACCAUCUGCUCAGGCAUCAAAGAUUUGAAAAGGCCUUUCUGCUAGCAGUUGAUUUAGGUGCACGUGACUUAUUUAUGGACAUCCAUUACUUUGCACUAGAUAAGGGUGAAUUGGCACUAGCUGAAGUGGCAAAGAAAAAAGCUAACAACAUUGACACAGAAUCAAUAACUACUGGAGUUGAGAUUCCAAGACAUAAAAACAAAGAAGAUAAUUUAAGAGAACCUGUUGUGGACCUGCGUAUGACACCACAAGAACAUAAAGCUAAAGGUAGUCUCCCAUCAUGCACUACAAGUGAUGAUUUCCUCAAAUAUACAACGUGCAACAGCUCUACAAGUGAAGUAGACAAAAGGGAAUGUGAAUUUUUGACAGACUUUUGUACUAAACUGGAAAUGGAGAAAACUGCAUGUCAAACAGAACUUUUUCAGGAAGUGCAUGAGGAAGAGCAGGAAAUUGGAGGAAAGAGUUCUAUCAAAGUAGUACAUUUUGGUCUGGUAUAAACCAGAAAUAUUGAUGCAUAGUAAGAAAAUUAAGGUCUUACAGAUCACUUGCUGUGAAAAACAAGAAGCUUUCAACUAACAGAUUCUGAAAUCAUGUUCAAAUAAUUCACUAGUAAAUAUUAACUGCUUGCAUAAAUGGUUAAAUCAAGGGGAAUUAAAUGUGCUUGGCUCUGGCUGAAUCUUACUAUUUUUAGAUCAGUCUUAUAAUUCAUUUACCUACAGCAAGGGGCCUUAUAUUUACUGUAUUAUUUGUAUGUUCCUAGAGCAACAUAUGUGAUGACUAAUCACCAUCAACAUAUAUUUAGAAUAUCAUAAUAAUUUUUUGCCCUGAGUGUAUUUUAUAUUAACUGAAGUAUUACCAAUACUUGUUGAUACUAUAAAGACAUAAUAAACUAUUUUAAUAAUGUACUUUGAAGAUUGAUAAAUAGAUCUGACUAGAUUUUACUUGUAUUAUUAAACAUAAUUCUAUAACUUUCUUUA